AUGGGUCAUCACCGAUUCUUGCCCCUAGGCCACAUUUGGAGAAAGAAAAAGAGUAUUUUUAAUGGCAGCACAGAGCAUCGUGGCCGCCCACCUCAGCAGUUGUCAGGAGAAGAUAUACUUAAUCAACUGCAGAAUAUUCCAGAUAUUGAUUUUGGCAAAUCUACAAAGAAGAGAAAGCGUACCACUGAUGAGUUAAAUUGGACCAAAAGAAGUAUCUUUUUCCAAUUGCCGUAUUGGUCAACUCUAAAGCUUAGACAUAACCUUGAUGUAAUGCACAUUGAGAAGAACAUAUGUGACAACAUCUUAGGAACUUUGAUGAAUAUUGCUAGGAAAACUAAAGAUCAUGUCAAUGCACGUCGUGACCUUUCCAAUCUCAAUAUAAAAAAAGAAUUACACUUGAUCCAGGAUGGACAACGCGUGAGUAUGCCACAUGCAUGUUACACCUUGUAUGGAGCUGAGAGGGCAGGUUUUUGUAAAUGGUUGAAUGAUGUCAAGUUUCCAGAUGGCUUCGCUUCUAAUAUUGCGAGAUGUGUGAGUGUUGUCGAUUGCAAAAUCUCUGGCAUGAAAAGUCAUGAUUGUCAUAUUUUUAUGCAAAGAUUAUUACCUGUUGCAAUUUGUGGAUACUUACGACAAGAUAUACGAUUAGCAUUGACUGAGUUGAGCACAUAUUUCAAAGAACUUUGUGCAAGAACUAUCAAGGUUGAUGUGUUAGAAUGGCUUCAGUCUGAUAUAGCCGUCAUUUUGUGCAAGCUAGAGAUGAUAUUUCCACCUACAUUCUUUGAUGUAAUGGUCUACCUAGCCUAUCAUUUGCCACAUGAGGCGCUGCUUGCAGGGCCAGUUCAAUAUAGGUGGAUGUACCCUUUCGAACGGUAUCUUGGAAAAUUUAAGAGAUACGUUAAGAAUAAGGCCCGUCCGGAAGGUUCAAUUGCAGAGGCCUGUAUUCAUGUAGAAUGUUUGAAUUUUUGUUCCAUGUACCUCCAUGAUGUCGAAUCUAGAUUCAAUCCUCAAGAAUGGAACUUUGAUGGAGGAGAAGAUGGUGUAGGAGAAGGACUAAGUAUUUUUAGACAGAAGAGAGAUCGGACAAUACCUGAAAUUCAAAAUCUACGUGUUAACAAUCCUGGUGAUGUUUCGGAUGAUCUAUAUGCACUUGCAUGUGGUCCUGACCCUUGGGUUGUGUCUUAUUCUGGUUGCAUCAUGAAUGGCAUACGAUUUCACACGAGGCAACGUGAAGCACAUCGUAGGACCCAAAAUUCAGGUGUCCUGGUCAUUAGUGAACUAGAUGCUCAAAGUGUUGACUUCUAUGGUGUUCUAACAAACAUCUUGGAAGUUCGCUACAUGGGAUGGCGCCGUGUGUACUUAUUCAAAUGUGACUGGUUCGACAUCUCUGAUUCUAGACGAGGGAUACGUGUGGAUGAUCAUCUUACUAGUGUGAAUAUGUCUCUGACAUUUUAUAAGGACGAGCCAUUUGUUUUGGCGUGCCAAGCUUCACAGGUGUUCUACUUAAAAAAUCGUAUGAUCCCUGGUAAUUGGUAUGCAGUACAAAAGGUUGUCAAUAGAAAUGUGUAUGAUCUUCCCCUCAGAAAUUUGAUUGAAGAAGAUGCUUACGAUGCUAGUGACGUGGAGGCGUACCAAGAGGAUGAUUCUUUUGAAGAAUACAUAUUAGUCCAUGCUGAUGACAAUGGACUAGUUAACCCCAUGCACAGGCUUGAUGUCGAGCCCACUCAGAUUGAUGCAUCAUUAGUAAUGGAAGCUGAAAAUCACAACCUUGAUGUCAGAACAUUUAUCAACGACGAUAGCAGCGAAUCUAGUUCCCCUUACAACACCAAACACGAGGGAAGCACGGAAGAAGAUAGUCUCUCGACGGACGAAGAGGCAAACUAG